ACUAGACAUUGAAAUGUUUGCUGUAGCUGUUGGUGAAUCUGGAGAAAGUGGAGUUGGAUCUGUUUGUCAUCACAUUGAAAUAAUUGGCGAAAAUGAAAUUUUUUAUCUUCCUGUGUCGGCUACUAUUUUAACCGCUUAUGAGUAUGACAAUCGUUCAAAUUCGUUUCCCCAAGGUUAUCUCAGUAAAGGAACUUGUAUGAUUGACAAUCGACCAUCAUCAAGAGACGCUAUUCUUCCUCGAAGAAAUCAUAUAUAUUCUGAUGUUUCUGAACAAUUUUAAACUUCCUAGGAUGUUCUAUGUAUUCUGCGUAUAGUUUUUUACCAUUGAGUAAUUUUUGUUACAUAAAUUAUAAAUUAUAUUUAUAUCUUCUUGUGACCCGAAACUUA